AUGUUUUCACGCAACAAGGACCUCUCCCACAUGUCCUCCUUCUCCAACAUCCGCUCGCGCUUUAAAAACAGCAUGUCGUCCUCGGCCAAGAUCCGCAGUUCCGAGGGCUGUUGGACCUGUCGCCUGCGCCGCAAAAAGUGCGACGAGGCUCGGCCCGUCUGCGAGGGGUGCGCCCAGCUCGAGAUCAACUGCUUCUACAGCGAGACGAAGCCCGACUGGAUGGACGGUGGCGAACGACAAAAGGAAAUGGCCGACCAGCUCAAGAAGCAGGUCAAGAUUCAGGCCAACAACCGUCGCGAGCGAAAGUAUCUGCAGGGCCUCGACGUCGAGGAAGGCGGAGUUAGCGGCGGAGGAGGAGGAGGCGGGCGCGGAUCCGAGGAUGGCAAUCAUGUCCCUCCCGUCCCGGCCCUGAGUGCCGACGACGGCUCAUCAAAGGCCAACGACUCUAACAGCCCGUCCACCGUGAACGACACCCCCGGCGACUCAUCCUCUAGUCCGCCCUUCCAGAUGAACUCGGUAAAAUCGUCCAUCCAUGAAAUCGUACCCGGCGCAUCACCAAAUCAGAUGCGGCAGCACACACCGGAAUGGAUCAACCACUCCAGCCCAGUAUCCGCGGCACAUCACCAACAUCAGCAACAACAACAAUAUCAACAACAUCAACAUCAACAACAACACCAAAACCCCCAGCCCGACUUCGCCGCCGGCACCGGAAUGGGCACCUCCUCCUCCACCUCUGUCCAACAAAACUCAUCCCCGCCCUUCGCCGACGACUCCAAUCUAGGCUUCAUCAUGAUCUACCUCGACUACGUCUUCCCCUUCCUCUUCCCCUUUUACAAGCCGGCCCUGCUCGAAGGCGGCCGCGGGUGGCUUCUCAACGUCCUCAACCACAACAAGGCUCUCUACCAUACCGCCCUCAGCCUCUCCUCCCACUUCUUCGGCGUCGUCCUCGACAGCGCCCAAGUCGAGCACGCCCCCUGCCGCAUGAAGUCCGUCAACAGCCUCCGCCACCAGAUGCAUCUCGCCCUCCGCGAGCUCCGAGCCGACAUGACCCGCAUCAACGAGCCCGGCCCCAACGGCGUGCCCCGCGACCCCCAGGACCAACAACAGCAAAGCUGCCGCGUUCUCGAGAGCAUCGUCCAGCUCCUCAUCUUCGACGUGACCCUCGCCACGUCAGACCACUGGCACAUGCACCUCGACGCCGCAACCAUCAUCUUCCAACAGAUCCUCCCCCAACCAGAUCGCUGGGACCCGACAAUGAACACCAUGGUCAUCCCCCUCCUCCAAGGCGUCCACUUCCCCCCGGGCUCCCACAAGCCAUGGUCCUCCGACCAAGCCGCCCUCCGCUUCUUCACCGCGUCCCUCCUCUACUUUGACAUCAUCUCCGCCACCGCCCUCGAGCGCCCGCCUCGCCUCCAGCGCUACCACCGCCACCUCCUCUCCCCGCGCAAAGAAGCCUCCAACGCCUGCGUCGAAGUCGAGCCCCGGCUGCGCCUCGAGGAAUAUUUUGGCUGCCAAUCCUGGGUCCUCCAAAUCAUUGGCGAGAUCGCCUCCCUCGACGCCUGGAAAAAGGAAAAUCGCCGCGCGGGAUCCCUCUCCAUGACGCACCUCGUUUCCCGCGCCGGAUGUCUCGAGCUCGCCCUCCGCGAGGGAAUAGCAUGCCUCGACAACGCCUGCCCGCAGCUCAUGGGCUCCCCCAACUGCGCUGAUGAAAUGGCCUGCCGCGCGAGCUCCUGCUCCCCCAUGGACGCCGACAGUGUACCAUCUCCACCGCCGCACCCUACCCACGUCGACACCACCAAACUCCCGCCCGACCCGCUGACGCUCUACCAGUCUCAACAAAACCGCGACGCGACAGACGCAGCCCGCAUCCACACCAAAAUCUGGGCCUACGCAGCGCUAACCUACCUCUCGACCGUCGUGUCCGGGUGGCAGCCCUCCUGUCCCGAGACAGCCUCCAGCGUGGCCAUCACCAUCGACCUGCUCAACUCGCUCCACAGCCCCGUCUGCCUGCGCACUGUCGUCUGGCCCUUUUGCGUCAUCGGAUGCCUGGCGGACCCGUGCCAGGAGCACAUGUUCCGCGAAAUGGUGAGCAAGAUGGGUGCGCUCGAGGUGUUUGGGUCGAUUAAAGCUGCGCUGGGCGUCAUGGAGAACGUGUGGGCAAAGAGGGAGACUAUCGACGAGAGUUGGGAUAUUACAGCCUGCUUCAAGGUGCUGGGGCACGCUGUGCUCUUGACUUGA